AUGUUACGGACGCGGAGGGCGACCCAUAGUAUUCCGACUGAGGCUGUGCUGCCGCUCACUAGCAUCCUGUCCAAGCGGAUGGAGGGGGCCGCAAGAGUCGGAACUCUGACCUGGAGUGUUCACCAGGUGACAGAGAUACGAGGGUUCAGUGAUGCUCAGAAGGAGGAGUAUUUCAGGAAGAGAUUUAAUGAUCAGAGCUUGGCCAGCAGGAUUAUCACACAUGUGAAAUCAUCAAGGAGCCUCUUCAUCAUGUGCCACAUACCUGUGUUCUGCUGGAUUUCAGCCACUGUGCUUAAGAGGCUUUUUAGUGAGACUGACAGGGGAGAAAUUCCAAAGACUCUGACUGAAAUGUACACACACUUCCUGAUCUUUCAGACAAGUUUAAAAAAUGACAAGUAUAUGAAAAACCAUGAAACUGAGCUUAAGGAAUACAGCAAGGAAUUCCUUUUAAAACUCGGUAAACUGGCUUUUGACAACCUUGAGAAAGGCAAUCUCUUAUUUUAUGAACAAGACCUGACAGAGAAUGGCAUUGAUGUCACUGAAACUUCAGUUUACUCUGGAGUGUGCACAGAAGUCUUUAAAGAGGAGUAUGGGUUGUACCAGGAGAAGGUGUACUGCUUUGUGCAUCUGAGCAUCCAGGAGUAUUUCGCUGCUUUAUAUGUGUUUCUGUCAAACUCAUCAGCUGACCUGCUGAACACUGCAGUGGAUCAUGCAUUAAAGAGCAAGAAUGGACACUUGGACCUCUACCUCCGCUUCCUCCUGGGCCUCUCAACAGACUCCAGUAAGAGUCUGUUACACAGGCUACUGGGACAGACAAGAAUCAGCUCACAUACCAUUAAGGAAACAGCCCAAUACAUCCAUCCAUCCAUUUUCCAAACCACUUAUCCUUCUGAGUUGUGGGAAGUCCAGAGCCUAUCCCAGAAGCCAUGGGCACGAGACAGGGAACAACCCAGGAUGGGGGGCCAGCCCAUCACAGCAGCCCAAUACAUCAAGGAGAAAAUACAGGAGAAUUUAUCUCCAGAAAGGACCAUCAACCUGUUCCACUGUCUGACUGAACUGGGUGACAAUUCUCUAGUAGAAGAAGUACAAAGAUACCUGAAUUCAGGAAACAUUUCAGCAGAUGACCUCUCACCUGCACAGUACUCAGCUCUGGCCUUUGUGAUGCUGAUGUCAGAUGAGGAGCUGGAUGUGUUUGAUCUGAAGAAAUACAUCAGAUCAGAUAAACAGCACUGCAGGCUGCUGCCUGUGGUCAAGAACUCCAGGACGGCUCUCACUUUUCAGCAUCCCUGCCCAAAGCCCCCAGUGAGCAAGUCAGAGGGGACAGUGGCAAGGAAAAGCUCCCUAGAAAGAAGAAUCCUUGGGAGGAACCAUAGUCAAAGGGGGAGCCCAUCCUCCAGGGGGCAGCAGAGGAAGCCCUAACCCUAACCAGACUGAAAGGGGGAGCCCAUCCUCCAGGGGGCAGCAGAGGAAGUCAAAUGAUCAAGAUGGCAAAGUCCUAAUUCACAUUAUCCCAAUCUUAACAUUUCAGUCACAAAGUGGGGGGCAGGGAGGUGAUGACAGGCAAGUGCUGGAGCUGCUUCAGAUGGGGGGGCGAACAGUAGUACGGCAGCAGGGUAAACAGGGAAGAUGUCACAGGCAGAAGGGUGAGCAGGCCGGAAGGACGUCACAGGUAGUGGAGACGUCGCAGGCAGCAGGGUAGGCAGGAUAUCUUGAAACUUUGGGGUCUCCAGGCAGCACAGCCCAGGGGGAGUAGGGGAAAUAAAAUGUGCAAUUAGCCAAAGUAGGGGAGACUAGAGGCAGUGCAAACAGUUAGGUGAGUGCAGUAUGUAAGCUCCGGCAGAUAUGGCUAUGGCAGCAUAAGUAGGAGGGAUAGGCAGGUGGGAAUGCAGGCAUGGGGAGUCCCUGAAUGUCAGCACUCCAAUUCCACAAGGGGGUGUGAAGCUAAAGUGACAGACUGACAGUUCAGUUUAUCCAAAGCCAAUGGCACCGAUCCCCACCCAGCUCUACACCUCACACUGUAGGUCU